AUGGCGUCGUUCAUCUGCGACGACGACGAGGAGUCGGACGCGGGCUCGGGCGCGGACGAGGUCGCGGACCUGCGGGGGCCGGCGGCGGCGCCGCGGGCGCCGCGCGAGGCCGCGGACGUGCUCUGCGCGGCGUCGCGCGCGUGGCACGACCGCCUCGGCGGCGACCUGGCGCCGGUCGUGGGAGACGCGCGGCCCGAGGCGGGCGCGAAGGCGCUCGUCGCGCGCGACAUCCUCGUCAAGGCGCGCGCGCGCGGCGAGAAGGUGCUGGUCUUCUCCCAGUCCCUGCGGAGCCUGGACUACCUGCAGAUCUCCGUCGUCUCGGGCGACCUCGGCUGGCCCGCGCGCCUCGCGCGGCGCCUCGACGGCGACACGACGGUGACGGCGCGCCAGGCCCUGAUCGAGGACUUCAGCAGCUCCGACGCCGUCGUGUUUUUCCUGUCCGUGCGCGCGGCGGGCGUCGGCAUCAACCUGCACGCGGCGACGCGCGUCAUCUUGUUCGACGUGUCCUGGAACCCGGCGGACGACGCGCAGGCCAUCGCGCGCGCGCACCGCUUCGGCCAGGAGCGGCCCGUCUUCGUCUACCGCCUCGUCGCCGCGGGCACCGUCGAGGAGCGCGUCUUCAACCGGCAGAUCGCCAAGGGCGCCGUC